AUGGAAGCAUCCGAUUUUCAGAGAUUCUCACGAAGAGAUAAGAUGGGCAAACUUCCACGCUGGAUACAGGAAUAUAUGACGCCGGGAAACGUCAAUCUAAGUAUUGAAGAAGCGGCUAUGAUUGCUCGAAAAUGGCUCCCGUUGAUGGCGCAGCCGUUCACGAAGGAGCAUCAGCUGGGUGUAUCACUACUUACUGAAGAUAUGCUUGCUGAAGACGAACUGUUGGACAAGAAAUUUGGACAUGUCCUGGAAGAAAUUGAUUAA